AUGUCUAACGGCAACAUUACAAACUGGAAGUCUUUUUCUGAUGAAAAGGGCAAUUUCAAGCGCCCUCAAGCUGUCCUUCGUAACAGUAUCUCCAACAAGCCCGGAUCGAAAUUCCCCGCAGAACGAAAUAGAUAUCAUCUCUACAUCAGCUAUGCUUGCCCUUGGGCACAUAGGAUCCUGAUUGCCCGGAAGCUCAAAGGCUUAGAAGACAUCAUCCCAUUCACAUGUGUGCACUGGCUUCUUAAAGACGGCGGAUGGCGGUUUGUAACUGCCGAAGAUAACGAUGCCGAAGGAGAAAAUGCUGUUCCUGACCCUCUGCACGAGGGAUUUACUCAUCUACGUCAAGUUUAUUACGAGACUGACGCUGACUACCAAGCCCGGUUCAGCGUGCCAGUCUUGUAUGACAAAAUCCAAAAGACAAUUGUAAACAACGAAAGCAGUGAAAUCCUCCGCAUGUUUGGCACAGAGUUUGACGACAUCAUUGAUCCAAAAUAUCGCGACGUGUCGUUGUAUCCCAAGGCGCUGCAGAGCCAGAUUGAUGAAGUUCACGAGUGGCAUUACGACAACAUCAACAACGGCGUGUACAAAUGCGGCAUUGCCAGCACUCAAGAAGCAUAUGAGCGUGUCGUAACAGAGCUUUUCGAAGCUCUUGACAAGGUUGAGGACCAUCUUGCAUCGACUGGUGGGCCUUACUGGUUUGGCCAAAGCCUCACUGAAGUCGAUAUCCGGCUAUACGUCACAGUGAUCCGUUUCGAUCCGGUAUAUGUUCAGCAUUUCAAAUGCAAUAUUCGAGAUAUCCGAUCUGGCUACCCAAACAUUCACAAGUGGUUACGAAAUCUAUACUGGAAUAUCCCAGCGUUCAAGGAAACUACGAAUUUCCAUCAUAUCAAGAAUCAUUACACCAAAAGCCAUACUCCUAUCAAUCCAUUAUCAAUCACGCCCGUUGGGCCACUUCCGCAUAUCCUCCCUCUGGACAGGGAGGUGGCCGCUGUGGAAGCAGCUGCACAACUUUGA